ACACAAUGAUGAUGAGCUACAUCCACAAAGCCGUUUCCGAUUAUCCCCGCUCCUCUCUGCUCACCUCACUUCGCCCCCUUCUCCUCCCUCGCUCCUUCAAAACCUCACUCUCCUAUUACCCCACCGCCCGCCCUCUCUGUCCCAAACCCCUUCGAUCAAUCCGCUCUUUUUCAGGAAAGCCCAACUCUUUCAAAUUAACUACCACCAUGGCCGCCCUCUCUCCAUCUCCUAUCCAUCACGUCUCCGUCAGUGCCUUUAGAAACGAGGACCCUGGUGGAGCUGCUUUUGAUAAUCCUUCCGCUCCAUACGAUGCUCAUGAAGCAUCAGGCGCUGGGUAUCGUCUUCCUCCACCAGAGAUUCGAGAUAUUGUAGAUGCUCCACCUGUUCCAGUACUAUCAUUCUCUCCUCAAAGGGAUAAAAUACUAUUCCUUAAACGAAGAUCAUUACCACCCUUGUCAGAUUUAGCAAGGCCAGAGGAGAAACUUGCUGGUAUCCGUAUUGAUGGAAAAUGCAACUGCCGGAGUCGUAUGUCAUUUUACACUGGCAUAGGGAUCCACCGGUUAAUGGAGGAUGGUACCCUUGGACCCGAAAAAGAGAUUCACGGUCUUCCAGAAGGGGCUAAAAUCAAUUUUCUUACAUGGUCAAAUAACGGUCUUUAUUUAGCCUUCAGCGUUCGAGUUGAUGAGGAGGCGAACAACAGUAGUAAGUUGAAGGUUUGGGUUGCUGAUGUUGAAACAGGAUCUGCUAGACCACUCUUCCAGUCUCCAAACGUGUACCUAAAUGCUAUUUUUGACAGUUUUGUUUGGGUGAAUGAUGCAACUCUGUUGGUUUGUACUAUUCCAUUGUGUCGUGGGGAUCCACCAAUGAAGCCCUUGGUUCCAUUUGGACCUAAGGUUCAAUCUAAUGAGCAGCAGAGUAUUAUUCAAGCUAGAACUUAUCAGGAUCUUCUCAAAGAUGAAUACGAUGAGGAUCUUUUUGAGUACUAUGCCACCUCACAGCUGGUUUUGGCUACCUUAGAUGGGGCAGUGAAGCCUGUUGGGCCACCAGCCAUAUAUACAUCAAUGGACCCCUCUCCAGAUGAGAGAUUGGUUCUCAUCACUUCAAUUCAUAGGCCAUUUUCUUUUAUUGUACCAUGUGGAAGAUUUCCUAAAAAGGUUGAUAUAUGGACAGCUGAUGGGGCAUUUGUUAGAGAGCUUUGUGAUUUGCCCCUUGCCGAAGACAUUCCUAUUGCAAUCAAUAGCGUGCGAAAGGGGAUGCGCUCAAUCAACUGGAGAGCUGAUAAGCCUUCAACACUCUACUGGGUCGAGACACAAGAUGGUGGUGAUGCUAAGGUGGAAGCCUCUCCACGUGAUAUAAUCUACUCGCAGACUGCUGAGCCACGUGAAAAUGAACAGCCAACGAUCUUGCAUAAACUUGAUCUUCGUUAUGGAGGGGUUUCGUGGUGUGAUGAUUCACUUGCAUUGGUCUAUGAGUCAUGGUACAAGACAAGGAGGGUUAGAACUUGGGUUUUAUCUCCCGGAUCCAAGGAUGUAAACCCACUAAUACUGUUUGAUCGGUCAUCAGAAGAUGUCUAUUCUGAUCCCGGUUCUCCCAUGAUGAGGAGAACACCUGCUGGGACUUAUGUGAUUGCAAAGAUGAAGAAGGAAGACGAGGAAGGCACUUAUGUUUUAUUAAAUGGAAAGGGUGCUACACCAGAAGGAAACAUCCCAUUUUUGGAUCUAUUUGACAUAAAUACAGGCAAUAAGGAAAGGAUAUGGGAGAGUGACAAGGAAAAAUACUAUAAGAGUGUAGUUGCUUUGAUGUCUGAUCAGGCUGAAGGGGAGUUGUCUGUUAAUCAAUUGAAAAUUCUAACUUCUAAAGAAUCCAAAACUGAGAACACUCAAUAUUACAUUCUGAGCUGGCCUGAGAAAAAAGCACGCCAGAUCACAGAUUUCCCCCAUCCAUAUCCCCAGUUGGCAUCAUUGCAAAAGGAGAUGAUCAGGUACCAACGGAAGGAUGGAGUUCAACUCACUGCAACCCUUUAUCUUCCACCUGGUUAUGAUCCAUCAAGGGAUGGACCUCUUCCAUGUCUUGUCUGGUCGUACCCUGGAGAAUUUAAAAGCAAAGAUGCAGCAAGUCAAGUUCGUGGUUCUCCUAACGAAUUUGCUGGCAUCGGGUCAACUUCUGCAUUGCUUUGGUUAUCAAGGAGGUUUGCCAUCUUAUCUGGACCAACCAUACCAAUCAUAGGGGAGGGUAAUGAAGAGGCAAAUGAUAGUUAUGUUGAACAACUUGUUGCGAGUGCAGAAGCUGCAGUAGAAGAAGUUGUUCGCCGUGGAGUGGCUGAUCCAAACAAAAUUGCUGUUGGUGGUCAUUCUUAUGGGGCAUUUAUGACGGCAAACCUCCUUGCUCAUGCACCACAUCUAUUCUGUUGUGGAAUCGCACGCUCCGGAGCUUAUAAUAGAACACUAACACCUUUUGGAUUUCAGAAUGAGGACAGAACACUUUGGGAGGCAACUAGUACAUAUGUUGAGAUGAGUCCAUUCAUGUCAGCUAAUAAAAUUAAGAAGCCUAUCCUGCUUAUCCAUGGAGAGGAGGACAACAAUUCAGGAACCUUGACAAUGCAGUCAGACCGUUUCUUCAAUGCCUUAAAAGGUCAUGGGGCGCUUUGUCGGCUUGUAAUUCUACCAUUUGAGAGCCAUGGUUAUGCUGCAAGGGAGAGUAUAAUGCAUGUUCUGUGGGAGACUGAUAGGUGGCUGCAAAAACAUUGUGUAGCAAAUAAUUCAAAAGUUGAUGCAGACAUCAGUGAAACUGAGAACGACACAACCAAAACAAUAGUAGAUCCACAAAGCAAAGCUGUAAGUAGUGGAGGUGGAGGCAUAUUAGAACUGGCAACCUACAGCGACGACAGAUUUCAUUCAUUUCGAAGGUCAUUUAUGUGCUUGGAGGGUUGCACUUAUGAGGAAGCAUAGAUGCCAGCAAAGACUUAUGGAAGUGUGAAUUAAUGCUCUGUGCAGCAGCCUGCUUGAGACAACCCCUUAGCAUGGAAUUCUUUAGCAACACAAUUGCUUGUAGCCUUGUAGGGAGGUAAUGUAUUAUUAGUGUAACACAUCUUAAUUAAUCAUAAAUUUCUUCUUUAGAGUGGUGCAUUGCACUCCAUUAAAGAGGUCAAGAGCACUGCGUAAAUAUUACCACAACGAAUAAGGUUUUCAGCAUUGUUUACACUACUAUUUGUGAAUGCUUAGAUAUCAUUAUUCCAACUUACUUUUAUCACACCGGCCAUAUAUACAAGUAUGCCAAGUGAGUUUCCUAAUUUAGUACUCCCUUUGUUUUUUAUUAUCUUCGUUCUUUCUUUUUCUCUCUGCCCUUUAAGUAUCUCAUUUUUCCUCUUUAAGAAAAUGAUUGUAUGGUUGACAUUGUUUUAAUGUCUUCCACACAAGUUUUAAAAAUGCAGAGAUAUAAAUUAGGGGCGGAAGUAGUAACAGUGGAAAAGUAGAUUACUAGAUUGUUAUGAAUACAAUGAGAUUUAGGAGGGGGUGUACUGUAUAUGGAAUUGGUGACAAAUUUUUAAGUCCGAUGGAUUUUAUUAAAAAUUUAGGUGUACUGAAUGUAGAUUUUUAAAUUGAUAAGGGUUCUGUAUAAAGGUGGUGACAAGCUGUAAUAGGCCAUAGCAGUUUUAUUGGUACGUUCGGAUGAGUGUAUGAACUUACUAUAACCUAUCCCUAAGUUUGUAAUGACGCCCUGGAAUGUGAUUAGCUUGACAAACUGUGAAUUCCCAAACUACCUCCAUCCCACUAUGUUUGGUACAAGAGAAGGUAUUGGGAUUAUUAAGAAGAGUUAAUUUAUGUGGUUGAUAUUGAAUUGAUAAAAUGAGAAUAAAAUAAGCAUGUCAAAACAACUUGGCCCGUAACUCGUAUGGGCCCGCCUUGCUCAGUUGCCCUAAGACAUUUGGGACGGGUCCGGCCCAUCUUGCAAAUGGGGUGGGUCCACCCCAUACCAUGCGCAAAAUUGGGCGGGUUUGGGUAUUAGUAUUGACUCGUGCCCCACCUUGCUCAAUAUAUAAAUAUACAAUUUCUUAAAAUUAUACUAUGUACAACAGAUAUACUCCCUCCGAUUCCUAAAGAAGUUCCACAUUUGACUUCACACAUAUUAAGAAAAUAAAUUUGACUUUACUGUGGAGUGCACUGUUUGGCACUGUUUGAACACUGUUUGGCACUGUUUGACACUGUUUGACACUGUUUGACACUGUUUUGAUGUAGAUAAUAAGGAAAUGUUUGAAAGUGGAACUUAAUUUUGGAUCUGCCCGAAAAGGAAAGGUGGAACUUGUUUCAGAAACGGAAGGAGUACAUAUGUGUGAUUGUGUGUGUAUAAUAAAUCAUAAAUUGAUUGAUCUUAUAAUAUACUCCCCUCGUCCCAAUAUAAUACCCCAAAUAGCUUUUGCAUGUGGAUUAAGAUAGUGUGAAUUGCAUGGUGGAUAGUUGUGUUGGAGAAGAGAGAAAAGAGAAAGAAAUGUUGCGAAUUAAAAAUUCUUUAAUAUGAGACAGAAAGAAUACUACAUAUUAAUAUUUAUAUUUAAACUAGACUGAAGGGUAAAUUUUAUAGGACAACAAUUAGGCCUGCAUUAUUGUAUGGCGUAGAGUGUUGGGCGGUGAAACAAUGUCACAUUCAAAAGAUGAGUGUGGCAGAGAUGCGCAUGCUGCGUUGGAUGUGUGGGCAUACUAGGAAGGAUCGCGUGAGGAAUGAGACAAUCAGACAAAGGGUGGGAGUAGCACCUAUUGAAGACAAGAUGCGGGAGUCGCGCCUACGGUGGUUUGGUCAUGUGCGUAGAAGACCGAGUGAUGCACCUGUUAGGCGAGUUGAGAUGUGUGGAGAAGAGGCAGGGAAGAGAGGGAGAGGAAGACCCAAACAGACGUGGGUUAGGGGAGUUCGAAGUGAUAUGCUUCUUCUGGGGUUGGAUGAGGGCAUGACUUUGGAGAGAACUAAGUGGAGGGCGGGCAUUCACGUGAAGGAGUGAUCUUGAUAAUCUUUUUCCCUCAUCUUUUUUUUCCUAGUUUUUUUUAUCCUUGUAUAUAUAUGUGCAUUAUUUGCAGCCUUUUUAUCUUAUCAUUUUUAUAUAGUCAUCUUUUUUAUAUUAUCUUUUCAUAAUAGCUUAUCUUUUUAUCUUUAUUCCUUCUUUUCCUUUUGGUUGUGAUAUCAUGUAUCGAUUCAUGUUAGUCGACCCCAAUAUCUUUUGGGACUAAGGCUUGGAUGUUGUUUGUUGUAUUUAUUAAUAUAGAUAGAUUAACUAUUCAAAUCUAGAUGGGUUUUUCUUAAUUUUUGAGACUUUGUUGUAUUGUACUUCUAUAAUUAUUUGAAAAUAUACUUUAUGUAAAUUCAAGUUAUAAUGGUUUCACACAAAUAGGAAUGUAUAAAAGGGAUGAGGUAAGGGCGUGGAAGACCUUACCACAUCGUGAGUCAAUAUCUAAUGACUUGUGCGGUUCAUGACCUCACGGGGCAGGGCAAGUCCAUUUUGUAAAGUCAUGGAGCGGGGGUCUAGGUCUUGCAUUAUUCACCCCGCCCUGUUCCAUUUUCAUGCCUACAUGUGUAGCUCUAGUUGGUCACAACUCACAAGGGUGAAAAUUUGAAACAAUGAUCUAAGUUCGAAUCCUGCCGCUCGAAUCCUGCAAGCGGCAGAGCGGGUGCAACCUCUCAAAGUGAGGAGAACUCUUUGUGUGUAGUGGCAUUGGUCUAGCCUCUAUGUUUAGUUGAGUUAUCAUGAUUAACAACCCUCAUCUGCCAUGUCAGAUCGAGGUGUGUGGGGUUAAUGGGGUUGGGAUACGACCUUUUAGAUUAAUGAAUACAUGAAAAACCUUGAUGCAAAAACUCUGCAUCACCCUAUUGUGUCAUUGACACUUCUGGUACUCGACUUUUAAUUUUUCCAAUUCUAGUCCUUGACUAUUGUGCUAGACACAUUUAGUCAUUGACUUCAAAGUUUCCCACAUUCAGCCAUUCGAGUAUGGAUGGACUCGGGCCGGGUGGCCCGACCCGGAACCGGCCCAGGACCGGUACUGUUCCGGCCCGGCCCGACCUAGUGGCCCGGUCAGUGACCGGUCCGGGUAGGCCCGACCCGUGGGUUUUCCGGUCCGGGCUCGGGUCACCCAAAACAAGGCCCGAUCCGGCCGGGCCCGGUUCGGGCCAAAACUAUUUGUUUUUUUUCAAUUUUUUUAAAUUUUCGGGGUGGGCUGGGUAUUUUGGGC